AGAGAUAGAGAAGCGCACACACACAGAGAGAGAGAGAGAGAUCAGGGAGCUGAAACCCUAGAUCCCAGCUCGAGGGGCCAAUCCAUGGCCGCCGUUGCGAUCCACCAGUUCGCCCAGUGCAUCACUUGCCACGCCUGGAGCCCCGAUCACUCAAUGGUUGCGUUUUGUCCUAACAACAACGAAGUUCAUAUCUACAAAUUGGUUCGGGAGAAAUGGGAGAAAUUGCACGUUCUCUACAAGCAUGAUCAGAUCGUAUCCGCCAUAGAUUGGAGCUUGAGAUCCAAUAAAAUUGUUACUGCUUCGCAUGAUCGGAAUUCGUAUGUGUGGAAUCAAGAAGGAAGUGAAUGGGUACCAACGCUUGUCAUUCUCAGGCUAAAUCGUGCUGCACUUUGUGUCCAGUGGAGUCCGAAAGAAAAUAAGUUUGCAGUAGGAAGUGGGGCUAAAACGGUUUGCAUCUGUUACUACGAGGAAGAAAAUAACUGGUGGGUUAGUAAACUUAUUCGGAAAAAGCAUAAUUCAUCUGUUACCGGUGUUGCAUGGCAUCCGAACAAUAUUCUAAUUGCAACUACGUCCACUGAUGGUAAAUGUAGAGUCUUUUCCACCUUCAUCAAGGGAGUUGAUACAAGGGCUACUGGGAUAAGCUCUUCGAAUGAUGCUAAAUUUGGGGAGCAAAUUGUGCAACUUGAUCUUUCAUCUACCUGGACUUUUGGUGUAAAGUGGUCUCCAAGCGGCAACACUUUGGCUUAUGCAGGUCACAAUUCAAUGAUCUAUUUUGUUGAUGAUGUUGGUCCCUCCCCUUCUGCACAAAGUGUAGCCUUCCGUGAUUUGCCUCUUCGUGAUGUCCUUUUUGUUUCUGACAGGAUGGCCAUUGGCGUGGGUUUUGACUGCAAUCCAAUGGUUUUUGCCGCAGAUGAAAGAGGAAUAUGGAGUUUUGUAAGAUUCUUGGAUGAGAGGAAAAUAGCACCAUCAAGCUCAAAGUACAGUUCCCAGUUCUCUGAAGCUUUUGGGAAGCUGUAUGGCCAACCGAAACAUGGAAUGAACAAUGAUACUCAUGAUGGUUCAAGACAUCGUGGUGGUGCUCAUGAGAAUUGCAUAACUUGCAUUGUGCCGAUGAUAACUGCAGGGGAUACAAUAGUGAAACGCUUCAGCACCUCAGGUUUAGAUGGUAAAAUUGUUACUUGGGAGUUGGACAAUGUCACUGAUGCCUUGCGGUAAUCUUGAAUGAGAUCGGUUGAUAUUAACAUCUUGAAUCCUGAUCUUUGGUAUCAAAAUUGACUGGGGCAUGACGUAUUUGUGGAGUCGUAGCGAAAUCAUAUCUUGAUGCUUUGUAAAUCAAGGUUUUCUGAACAUAUCUGUCGAAAUAUUUUCUAUGAACCUAUGUGGUCUCAUUGUUAUAUAUAUAUAUAUAUAUAUGCAUUUUAAUUAAA